AUGGCGGACGCCCUCGCUGCCUGGCGCCCGCCAGGGUCGCCUCGCCCAAGCAUCGGAUCGGAUGCAGCCAGCGAUCUUCUAGGCAGUAUCCCGACUAUGCUCGCGGGCGGAACCUUAGGUCUACCCGCAUAUAUCAUCCAGAUCUUUCCACAAGUCCUCGCCAAACUCGCAAAGUACCCGAGGCUGUCGAAGUUGAUGAGCGUGCUGCUCACCAUCGUGUUGGCAUCAUAUCUCAACGCCACGAAAGUCACAGAAGCCAUCUCAGCAACUUGGUCGCAGUUCAUCAGUCUGUUCACUGCUUCAAUCACCAUUGACGGAGAUGACCCCUUCGUUCUCCAGGUUCAGAACUUCUUGCGUAAGAAGAAGAUUCUCGGGCAGGGGAACAACAUGCUCGGAGAGUCCAGCUAUCAGAUCCUGAAGCGGGACCAAGAAGAUUGUCCAGAUGACGACUAUGACGACUGGGGCAAUCCGAUCGACAAGCAGCAGAACGGAGAUGAAGAGAAGCCAUUCAAGAUGGUGCUCCACUCCACGCGCAGUAUGCUGUUGUUCCGGCACAAGGGUCGAAGCUUUCUCGUACGCAGAGAUCGAGAUGAUUCGACCUACAACCCAGGUUUCUCUAAGAGCCUGCGAUUCUUCUGCUUCGGAUGGAGCACGAAGCCUAUUACAGAAUUGUUUGCGGAUAUAGACCGCGGGCAGAAAGUGGUCCAGUCGCAAGAUCGACUUACCUCAAUCCGAAGCUCAGGGCAAGAGCACGGCUACGGUAACUGGUCUCGACCUCAGAACCGGCUUGCGCGUCCAAUCAGCACGGUGAACUUGGAUGAAGGCCAAAAGGAGAUGAUUGUGCAGGACAUUGCCGAGUAUCUGCACCCGGAGACGAAGGCUUGGUAUCAGCAACAAGGUAUUCCUUACCGUCGUGGCUAUUUGUUCUACGGUCCUCCCGGAACCGGAAAGUCAUCUCUCGCGAUGGCUCUUGCUGGCCAAUUCAAGCUUGACAUCCACAUCAUUAGUUUGCUGGAUAAGAAUCUUGACGAUUAUAACCUCAACCGGUUGAUGAAGAGUAUGAUUGGUCGACCUUGUGUUCUGCUCGAAGACAUCGACUCUGCUGGUGUGUCUCGUGAUUUUCAGGACGACUCUGAUGAUGACUCUGACGAUGACUACAACACGCGUUACCGCAAGCAACAAGCGAAAAGCCGAGUGACACUGUCUGGUCUGCUCAACGCUAUUGAUGGAGUAGGCGCCCCUGAAGGCCAGGUCCUGAUCAUGACCACCAAUCACAAGGAGAAGCUCGAUGACGCUUUGAUUCGGGCUGGUCGUGUCGAUGUAAGUGUGAAGCUGGCUUGGGCAUCGCGGCCUCAAGCGCGAGAGAUCUUUAUGCGAAUGUAUCGUAGAAGACUCAAGACCACGGUGAAGGUUGCCACCAAGUGCACCUGCGAAGCUGAUGCGUCAGGUUCGAAUGAAGAGGAGCUUGCAGGACUGGCCGACCGAUUCUGCGAACAAAUUCCAGAAUACAAGGUUUCUCCUGCCGAGCUGCAAGACUUCAUACUCAUGCGCAAGAGCUCACCGCAGAAGGCGGUCAACGAAAUCAAAGCUUGGGCCGAUCAGCUCAUUCGUGAACGGGAAGAAGCAGAGGCAGAGGUAGAAAAGAAGAAAAAGCAGAAGGAGCAGCGGCGGAAAGAUCGGCGGAAGAAGCGACAUGGUGAAUGGAGCGAGGAUGACGAGGAUGCAGAUACUGAAAAGAACACCGAGGACGGCGACGGCAAGACUGUGACGCCUCCAUCAGGCUUCGAAGAUGUCGUUGCAAAGGAGAAGAAGGAAGGGCUGUUGAAAUGGCUGGUGAAGCAGGUCAUCAACGGACCGGAUCCAAUUCCGGUUGCUGCUGUCGAGGAAGUAGCGCAGCCGGUGGCGGUCGCCUGA